AUGCGAAUCCGCCCGGACUUUGUGGAAGCCGUCCAGGAAAGGUUUGGCGCGGAAGCCCACGAACUGGCAGGCACAGACCCUGAACCCAUCAACGAGUGGGUGAAAGACAAGACGCUGGCCCGCAUCCCAACGCUCUUCGACAGUCCGCUGGAUCCGAUGACUGCGAUGGUGCUGGUGAACACGGUUUUCUUCAAGGGUUCAUGGGUGACGGUCUUCGAUGUGGCGCGAACCCGAAGAUCAGAGUUCAGGAACUUUUCGUCGCGACUUCCAUGCGACAUGAUGUACAAAAAAGACAGGAUGAUGUAUAUGGAGAACGAUCAGCUACAAGCUGUCAGAUUGCCAUACAGCGAUGAGAAGACCUGGGCGACCAUCAUUCUUCCAAAGAUGGAAGGACCAGCCGAGGUGGCAUCCACUCUCGAGCAGACCUGGGAAGAUUUAAACUGGGAGCUGCGCGGACGGACGGUGGAGCUGCGUCUUCCACGCUUCCGACUCAGCGCAGGAGGGUCGAUGAAGUCGGCAUUGCGACAGCUUGGUCUGAAGGAGACCUUGGAGCCCCGAGGAGGCUUCCUAAAGAUGUCGGACGACCUCAGCGUGCACCUCAGCGAGGUUAUGCACAAGGCGACUCUUGAAGUGAACGAGGAGGGCACUGUUGCUGCCGCAGCGUCUGGUGCGGUGAUGAAGGCAAAGUCGAUCGCUCCAAAGCCGCCCGUGGCCAUGACCGUUGACCGCCCUUUCCUGUUCAUUCUGAGCGACGGCCUGGGAUCAGUUCACUUCCUCGGCCAGAUUGUGGUGCCUGAGCUUGCGGGACUCGAAGCCACGCUCAGUGAAUUGUGA